CAAAGCGUGAAAUUUUAUUAAUGACUUCUUAUUUAUAAAAGAAAACCGAAGAAGCACAAACCCCGACGAGUGAGUGAGUGGAAAGGUGUGAACCGCAUAGAGUCUACAAGGAUCGUGUUCGUGUCUAGGGCGGCAAUAUGUGGGCGGUCAAAUAUGUUUUAUGUGCCCUGUCAUGCGUUGCAUUUGCUGCAGCGGCACUGGAGUACUGUGAGGUGGCGCCAUUGGUGAGGCAUGCCACGGCGAAGAUAGCAUUGAACGAUGACACAAUCACUGCGAUAUAUACCUGCAAGGCGGGCUUCGAUCUGAGGGGAGCGGCGGAGCUGAUCUGCAACUCGGAGACCGACAAAUGGCAGGGCGAGCCACCCAGUUGUGUGAAGGCUUCCGCGGUCUCAGAACGCAAGAAGAGGGUUUUGGCCAUACCAGAGGAGCCCAAGGUUCCUCUUCCGUUGGCUGCGAUUCUAGACUUGAGCUGCAUCGAGGCAAAGGUGAUGGCCCCAGAGAUCAGCCACGGACUAGUGGUCAAGUACGAGCGUCGCCGCCGGGGCGAGAAGAUCUUCCUUGUGGCCUACUUCGCGUGCAAUGAGAACUACGAGUUCGAGUUUUUGGAGACCUCAGCGAUGUACUGCCACGACAAGAAGUGGGUGGGCGAGCUGCCCACCUGCAUUCCCCAGGUGGAGUACACCGAUGGGGAUGGCGGAGAUGGCGGGGAUCUCGAGGGCGAGGACUACGAUGAGUACGAGACCAUCACCAAUGACGAUGACAACGACACCGACAAUUUGGUUGAAGAGGAGCCAAAGGUGACUGAGAGCGAACCGCCGCCACCACCUCCACCACCAGUCGAAGAGGAAGUUGUUGAGUCCGUGGAGGAGGCUACACAACCAACAGAAUCUGUCAAGGCACCUGUAGAGGAGCUCCCAGUGGCAGUCGAACCACAGCCAGAAGUGUUGCCAGAGUCGAUCGAUGAGCCAAAACCCGAACCGGAAAUUGUCGUACGCGUCGAUGAAGCAGAGCCUGUUGAAACUCCCCUUGAACCUGAAGUCAAGGUCGAAGAAGUAACCGAAAUCAAUGUGGUGGUUGAGCCCACGAAAGAUCCAUACACACCUCGAUUCCUGGACGAAGACUGCGGUGAAGAUCGCGGUGGAUGUGAGCACAUAUGCAAGCGCCUCUUGUAUCCAGACGAGAACGAGCCCGUCCUGAAGUGCAGCUGCCGGGAGGGCUAUACCUUAGAUCCCAGCGAUUACGUCAGCUGUCUUGAUAUCGAUGAGUGUCAGGAGUCGAAUGGUGGCUGUUCAGAGAUCUGCAACAAUCUGCCGGGAAGCUUUCAAUGCGCCUGCCAGAAGGGCUACCAACUAGAUGCCUCAACGGGAAAGUCCUGCGUGGACAUCGACGAGUGCACCAAUGCAGAAUUAUCUUCAGAUUGUCAGAAUGGUUGUGAGAACUUGCCCGGAUCAUAUCGCUGUGUGGUGGCAUUGGUCACCCAAGAAGAGGCCGCCAUUGAGACUGCAUUGUCAGAGCCCACGGAGGAGGAUAACGAGAUCUCAGUUGAGGAAGUAUCGCAGCCCAGCCCUAAAGUGCAGUGCAACCCUGGGUUCCAGCUCUCGGCCGAUGGCAGCGAGUGCCAGGACAUUGACGAGUGCGACAUCGACGAUGGCGAGGACGAGGAGCAUCCCAAGCCACGCUUCUGCCAGCAAAAGUGUCAGAACACCAUUGGCUCCUAUCGCUGCCACUGUCACUCGGGCUACCAUCUGCUGGAGGAUAAACAGAGCUGCGCCCUCGACGGCUGCCAGGACCUGGACAAUCCGAAACUGAAUCGCACUCGCUGUGCCCAUGAGUGCGAGAACCUGCCGGAUGGCAACUACAAGUGCAAGUGUCCUCAGGGCUACGAUCUGGCCGAGGAUCAGCACAGCUGCGUGGUGGCCGAGUCGGCCUGCACCACGGAUAACGGCCACGACCGCUGUCGUCCGGGCAGCUGUGUGCCCAGCGAGGACAACAGCAGCUUUAGCUGCCUCUGUCCGCCCGGUUACACCAGCGAGGUCUUCAGCUGCCAGGACAUCGACGAGUGCGCGGAGGAGAGCCAUCUGUGCAGCCAUAGUUGCCUCAACACAGAUGGUGGCUACCAGUGCCUGUGUCCUGUCGGCCUGACCCUCGUGGAGGAGUUCACCUGCGUGGCCGAGGAUCUGUGCGAGGUCAACAACAAUGGGUGCGAGCAGAUCUGCCUCACGGCUCGUGGCGGUGCAUGCUCCUGUCGCGACGGCUUCCGCCUCGGCGCGGACGGCAAGGGGUGUCAGGACGUGGACGAGUGUCAGGUGGAGAACGGCGGCUGCCAGCAGGUGUGCCGCAAUCUGCCAGGUUCGUAUGGGUGCGAGUGCUCGCCAGGAUAUGAGCUGCUCCGGCUGGAGGGACUUCGCGGCUACUGCUUUGACAUUGACGAGUGCGCGAGGGAGAUGCACAAAUGCCAUGAGGAAAUGCUUUGCGAGAACCUCAAUGGUUCCUACACCUGCCUUUGUCCAGCUGGCUAUGCUCUAGGGCUGGACAAUCACAUCAUCACAUCCACAUCAUCAUCCGAAUCAUCAUCCACAUCAUCGCCUAACGACUCAUCAUCAUCUGAACCCUCACCCUGCCUGGACAUUGACGAGUGCUCGCUGGCCAACGGCAACUGCUCGCACUUCUGCUUGAAUCUGCCGGGGAGAUUCCAGUGCGCCUGUCCCCUGGGGUAUGCUCUGGCCGAGGACGGGCGCACCUGCCAGGACAUCGACGAGUGUCUCCAUGGCAAUGGCCAAUGCAAGCAGCUUUGCCUCAACCAGCCAGGGGGCUUUGCUUGCGCCUGCGAGUCCGGGUUCGAGAUCACGCCGGAUGGCUUUGGGUGCUUGGACAUCGACGAGUGUUCGCAGGAGUACGGAAACUGUAGCGACAUCUGCAUUAAUCUUCUAGGUACCCAUGCGUGUGCCUGCGAGCGGGGCUACGAGCUGUCCGAAGAUGGAAGGAGCUGCCAGGACAUAGACGAGUGUGCCGGACUUCUCUCGGGCGGCUGCACCCACGAGUGCAUCAACAAGAAGGGCAGCUUCGAGUGCGGCUGCCCCUUGGGCUACAUCCUCCAGGAGGACAAUCGGAGCUGCCGCCCCGCCCUGGUUGGCUGUCCUCCUGGCAGUCAGAGGACCUCCACCUCCGAUGGCUGCGAACCCAUCAAAUGCGGCCUGGGCCUCCUGCUCGGCGCCGAUGGCAGCUGUGUGGACGUCGACGAGUGCCAGUUGAACAACGGGGGCUGCUCGCAUCGCUGCGAGAAUAGCCAGGGCUCCUUCAAGUGCGCCUGCCCGGCCGGCUAUCAGUUGGACAGCGAUCUCAGGACGUGCCAGGACGUGGACGAGUGUUCGCUGGACAAGGAGAACUGUCUAGCUGGCAGCUGUGUUAAUGAACCAGGCGGUUUCCGGUGCGAGUGCUCCUCCGGCAAGAGACUCUCCAUUGAUGGAAGGACCUGCCUGGAUGUGCCUCAGCCACCAAGGGCUUCGCCUCUUCCCGAGCUACCAAAAGCAAAUCCAUUUCCCACAUUUCCCGAACUACCCAAAGCCCGUCCAGAAGAGCGACUGCCGCCUGCUCUUCCCGUCUUACCAAAAGCAAACCCAUUUCCCUCAUUUCCCGAGCUGGGCAAAGCUCCAAAAUAUCCUUCUGCAGCUCCAGAAGCACCAAGGUUUCCUUCUAUUGAAUCAGUGAAUACCAGGCUUCCGCAGAUUCCCUGGGUCACUCAGAGACAACCCCAGCCACGGGAUGCCUGUCCACGCUUCCAGGCGCCGGCGAACGGCAAGGCCCGCUGCAACAAGUAUCGCCACAAGCGCACGCAGUUCUACAACAGUCGCUGCAGGGUCACCUGCAAUCCGGGCUUCACCCUCCAGGGAUCGGAGAUCAGGAGUUGCGGAUCCGCUGGUGUUUGGGAGGGUCAGGAGAACAAGUGCGUGCCUCUUGUCCAGCGUCGUGUGCAGACCCAAUCGAUAUGUCCUGCCCUGAAACAGGCCCGCAAUGGUGUCAUCUCUCCUGCAAGCUGUACACAGGGUCCUUCCAGCUUUGGGGCCAUCUGCCACCUGCGGUGCAAUGCUGGCUUUGUGCCUACUGGACCUUUGCUGGCCUCCUGCAUGGCCCUGCAGGGCUGGUCCUUUGGAUCUGAUCUCAACUGUCAGCCGUUCGGCAGCAGCUUCUUCAACAAUCGACUGCCCUGGAUCCGAUCGCAGUCUCUGCAGAAUAUACCGCCCGUACAGCAGACAGCCACAAGAGCUCGGCCCUACAUCAAAUGUCCCGAGAAUGUGGUCAUCCUUCUGCAUCGCGGUGAGGUCAAGGCUCAUGUGACUCUGCAGAGGCCCGAGACAAAUCUGGACUACCGAAAUGUGGCUGUUUUUCCCGCCUGGGCCAAGCAGCUGGAGGCUCACCUUCCGGCUGGCGUCCACAAGAUUGGGUUCCGCGCUCAGGACCCACAGACGAGGCAGAGUGCCGCCUGUCAAACGAUCAUCACCAUCAAGGCGGCGCCAACGACAGAGUCCAAUUUAUUCACCUUUUCCUCCGCUCCAGUUCAGAGUCAUUCAGGGUUCUCCAGACCUGUUGCAUUUCCCACAUUUUCCUCCCGGUCUUCAGCCCCUGCCCCCGUACCGUUUCCCACAUUUCCCACACGGAGUACAGUCCGCCAACCAGCUCCAUUUCCAACAUUUUCCAGGCCCGCUCAAUUUGCCAGACUAUCUGCACUUCCUGAACCAUCGACCCCGUCUAGCCCCGCAUCCUUCCCAAGACUAGACUCUGUUCAAACGUCAAAGAAUCUCAUUGGUGUCGCUCCUGAGCGCAGUGAGAGCUUCAGGGUGGACCUGGGCUCAGAUACAUCCAACUAUUGCCCACCCUCGAUUGAGGUUCAUCUGAAGGAGAAUCAGAAUCUGCGUUCGGUUGUCUGGGAAGAGCCCCGCUUCGAAGGCAAAUUAUUGAAGAUCUUCAAGUCUCAUUUCCCGGGUGCUUUGUUUAGGCUGGGCGAUCAUGCCAUCAAAUACGAGGCAACCACCACUGACGGUGUGACCCUCAGCUGCAGUUUCCACAUUCAUGUCAAGGCUGCCAAGCCCACACCUGCACCUGCACAACCAGAGAUUGCCUAUCCCGAAUCCGAGUCCGAGUCCCUGUCCCUUAGUUCAGCGCCAGCACAACUAAGGGAGAAGCCUGCCGCCAGCGGCAGUCUGUUCGAUGGCCAUGAGUCCUAUGUGGUCUGUCCCGACAAAGAGCCCGUCCGAGUGACGGCCCACCAAUCCGUCAACCUGCCCGUGGGCUGUACUCUGAAGAACGUGCGCCCGCAAUCGAGUCCCCAGACGCAUCUGAAACGCGGCACCCUCACCUCGCUCUGGCAUAGGUACAAUGCGAAUUUCUAGAGCCCAGUACUUGGGGUAUAAGCUAUCUACUCGUUGAGCAAUUGAACGAGUAGAAUACUAUUGGAGGCGCCAUUUAUGCAAAUACUUUUUAUAUCUUUUUUUUUAAUGCCUAAUUUAAAUAAAUAAAUACUUUAAAUGUA